GCCAUCAACCCUCACCUUCUGCCGUCUUCUCACCUGGACACACGCGCAGCUGCACAGCGCUAGCGGGACCUUCCUCUUUUCCCCUCUCUUUCCGGAGAUUGUUUCCCACUCUCUUCCCAGUUUGGCCCACCCUUCUCCAAAACCCCUUCCCCUCUUUUGCAGGCCCCUUUGGACCGCCUCCGCCUUUCAAUCUGCAGAUCUGCCCUGCUAUUUUCCUGCGGACCUUGUUCCCUUUAGGGGAUUGUCCUUGGUGGCCUAUUAGCUCGCGCUUUUGCUUCCGUGCCUGUUCCUCGGUGAGGACCUGAGCCUUGCAAAGGCUUGAGGGUGAUCUGGAGGGAAAGAGAGCGAAAGAAAGGCAGAGGAAGCAACUUUCCCCUAGCCCCACAAGUCGGUCCCGGGAGAAUUGAUGCCUUUGUUCUGAACCGAGGCUUCUUUUCCUCUCCGAGACGCGAAGUUUGAACCGACUCAGCCGCCGAGAUGAGCAUGAACGGGGGGUCCCACCCCAGGCUCAACACCUUGGGCGUGGGGAGGAUGAUCAGAACCGAGUCCGGCCCGGAUAUGCGGUAUGAAAUGAACUCCCAUAUGAUGAUGGGCGGUGGCGGCGGCGGCGGCGGCGGCGGAGGAGGAGGGGGCAGCACCCAUGUCCACAAAAUGUACUAUGUCCAAAAAAGCUACGGAGACAUCAAUUCGGAAGGCUACACUCAAAAUGGAACCGGUACAAUGUCUAGACGUCAGAACACCAUUCAGGAGCUUUUGCAAAAUUGUUCGGAUUGCCUCAUGCGUGCUGAACUUAUAGUGCAGCCUGAACUGAAAUACGGAGAUGGCAUCCAGAUCAGCAGGAAUCGGGAGCUGGAGGAUUGCUUUGGCCAAGCAAAUGAACAAAUGGACAUCCUCGAUGGGUUGAUCAGGGAGAUGAGACAAAUGGGUCAGCCUUGCGAUCUGUACCAGAAAAGGUUGCUUCAGCUUCAAGAGCAGAUGCGUGCCCUCUACAAGGCCAUCAGCGUACCCCGUGUCCGAAGGGCUAGCUCCAAAGGUGGUGGUUAUACAUCUCAGAGUGGCUCAGGAUGGGAUGAAUACACCAGACGUGUCACCAGUGACUGUCUGAAUUGGAUGAGGCAGCAGAAGGCUGAAAUGGAGUUAGUAAAAUGGGGAUUUGAUGCAGCAGCAAUUGAACAACAAAUUGCUGACCACCGGAGAUUUCAUAAUGCCAUUGGAGACUAUCGCUGGCAUUUGGACAAAAUCAAGACCGAUCUGCGUGAGAAGGCUGCUGUUCACCAGCUGGAGGAGGAAUAUGAAUAUCUGCUGAAAUUCUCCUUUGAAAGAAUGGACCAGCUGCGUCAGCUGCAAAAUAUCAUCCAAGCAACUAGCAGGGAAAUCAUGUGGAUCAAUGACUGUGAGGAAGAAGAGCUUCUCUAUGACUGGAGUGACCGAAACACUGACAUUGCCAGGAAACAAGAGGCGUUCUCUAAACGUAUGAGCCAGCUGGAAGUUAAAGAAAAAGAACUUAACAAGCUUAAGCAAGAAUGUGACCAACUGGUGCUCAACCAGCAUCCAGCUUCAGACAAAAUUGAGGCCUACAUGGAUACACUGCAGACUCAAUGGAGCUGGAUUCUUCAGAUCACCAAGUGCAUUGAUGUUCAUCUCAAGGAGAAUGCGGCUUACUUUCAGUUUUUUGAGGAAGCCCAGUCUACUGAGAACUACUUGAAGAAUCUACAGGAUGCCAUCAGGAAAAAGUUCAUCUGCGACAAAAACAUGUCCCUGCAAGUCCUGCUGGAGCAGAUCAAAGAAUUAGAGAACGAGCGAGAGAAAAUUCUGGAAUACAAGAGGCAGGUGCAGAAUUUGAUGAACAAGUCAAAGAAGAUAGUGCAGCUCAAGCCACGCAACCCUGAUUACAAGAGCAAUAAGCCCAUCAUUCUCAAGGCUCUGUGUGAUUACAAGCAAGAUCUGAAAACGAUGCGCAAAGGGGACGAGUGCAUUUUGAAAGACAACAGCGAGCGCAGCAAGUGGCACGUGACUGGACCAGGAGGAGUAGAUAUGCUAGUGCCGUCCGUCAGUCUCAUUAUCCCGCCACCGAAUCCGUUAGCCGUGGACCUGGCAACCAAGAUUGAACAAUACUAUGAUGCUAUUAUGGCUCUCUGGAAUCAGCUGUACAUCAACAUGAAGAGCCUGGUGUCUUGGCAUUACUGCAUGAUCGACAUUGAGAAAAUCAAGACCUUGACUAUCGCUAAGCUGAAGACAAUGCGCAAGGAAGAUUAUCUGAAGGUGAUUGCUGACCUCGAGACCCAUUAUCGAGAAUUCCUCAGGAACAGCCAAGGCUCAGAGAUGUUUGGUGAUGAUGAUAAGAGGACAAUCCAGACUCAGUUCUCUGAUGCCCAGAAGUACUACCAGACGUUGGUCAUCCAGCUACCCGGUGCAUCGCAGACAAUAGUUGUGCCCACAACAGACAAGCAAGAGACCUGGAUGCUCAUGGAACUCCAGAAACUUCGGCGCCAGAUCGAAAACUGUGAGCUCCGGAUGGUGCAGAGAACCCUGCUGCAACUGGAUCAAGGGGCUUCUCACAACUUAUGUAUCAGAAUCAGCGAAUUAGAGGGUGUCCAAAGUGAAUCCCAGGCAAUGGCAGAUGCUCUCAACAAGCAGAAGGAUUAUCUUCCCAAUUUUAGAGGCUCUGAAAAGUAUCUCUAUUUGCAGUCCGAAAUCAGUGCUUUGUUUCAGAAACUGGAAAAUAUCAAUGGGGUCUCUGCUGGUUAUCUGGACAGCUUGAAUUCAUUGCAAUCACUGCUUCAGGCGAUCCUCCAAGCAGAUGAUGUGAUCCGAGUGUUUGAAGUCAGACUGACGGAAGAGGACACUCUUUCCUUGGACCCAGAUAAAGUGGAAGCGUAUCGAGCUUGCUUGAAGAAAAUGAAAGCAGACCUUAGCAUGAAGAAGUCAUUGCUUAGUACCUUGGAAGCAGAGCUGCAAAGGGUCCUUCAGGUUCACUCGCAGUCUUGUCAGAUGUAUCCUCUGUAUGAAUUAGAUCUUGGAAAGUACACUGACAAAGUCAACCAGCUAAAUGACCGCUGGCAAAGGGUGGAGAAACAAAUUGAUGACAGGACUUGGGAUCUAGAAAAACAGGUGAAGCAGCUGAGAACAUACCGAGACCUUUACCAGGCUUUGAAUAAAUGGAUCUGUGAUGCCAAGCGCCGGCAGGACACGAAUGAGAGCAUGAAGUUAGGAGAUGUCAACACAGUCAUGAGAUACCUGCAGGAGCAAAAGAACUUACACAGUGAAAUAACAGGCAAACGGGAUAGAGUGGAAGAGGUGAUCAAGAACGCAGAGCUGUGCUCAGCUGCAAUCAAGGAUUAUGAACUCCAGGCUGCAGCCUACAGUUCAGGACUGGAGACCAUACUGAACAUUCCUGUCAAGAGGACUGUGGUACAGUCUCCCUCAGGGCUAAUUCUGCAGGAGGCUGCAGAGAUUCAGUCUCGAUACAUUGAGCUUCUUACCAGAUCAGGAGAUUAUUACAAAUUCUUGAGUGAAAUGCUAAAGAGCUUGGAAGAUUUAAAGAUGAAAAGCACCAAAAUAGAACUAUUGGAAGAAGAAUUGAGACUGGCUAGAGAUGCCAAUUCAGACAACAGCAACAAGCAUAAAUUCCUGGAGCAAAACCUACAGAAGUACCAGCUGGAAUGCUCUCAGCUGAAAGCCAAACUCAUGGGCUUGGAAGAGACAAAGAGGCAAGCUGAGAUGGAUGGCAGCUCUGCUAAGCAAAACCUAGACAAAUGCUAUGCUCAGAUAAAAGAUCUGAAUGAGAGGAUAACAAGGCUGACUUAUGAGACUGAAGAUGAGAAGAGAAAAAGGAAGCUGCUGGAAGACAGAUAUGAACAGCAGAAGACAGACUUUGACCAGCUGCAGAAGACAAGGCAAAAUGAGAAAGAGAGCCUUGGUUGGCAAAAGAUAGAAUCCGAAAAAGUCAUCAAAGAGAAAGAAUAUGAGAUAGAAAGGCUAAAGAUUCUUCUCCAGGAUGAGGGGGCACGGAAGAGGGAGUAUGAAAAUGAGCUGGCUAAGGUAAGGAACCAGUUUAAUGAGGAGAUGAGUAAUAUAAAGAACAAGUAUGAAACAGAGAUUAACAUUAAGAAGACUACCAUCCACCAGAUAGCGGUCCAGAAGGAAGACGAUGCCAAAAACCUCCGCGCCCAGAUUGACAAGCUCCAGAGGGAGAACAGAGACUUGAAGGAUGAAAUUGUCCGUCUCAAUGACGCCAUUUUGGAAACAACAGAACAGCGGAGGAGAGCAGAAGAGAAUGCCCUGCAGCAGAAGGCUUGUGGCUCAGAGGUGGCCCAGCAGAAGCAGCAGCUGGAGCUGGAGCUGAAGCAGAUCAUUCAGCUGCGCAACGAAGACAAUACAAGAUACAAACAGGCACUUGAAGAUGCUGCUUUGACCAUCCAGGACAAAACCAAGGAGCUUGAGCGAUUAAAGAUUCAGCUGCAGGAAGAGGCUAAAAGCCGAUGGGAACUUGAAAAUGAGUUGGCUAAGGUAAGGCACAAUUAUGAUGAGGAAAUUAUUAGUUUAAAGAACAAGUAUGAGACUGAGAUUUCUAUCACAAAGACCACAAUUAAUCAGGUGACCCUGCAGAAGGAAGAGGAAUCCAGUAGUUACCGAGCACAGCUUGACAAUGCCCUAAGAGAAAAUAGGAACUUGUGUGAGGAAAUUAGGAGGCUGAAGAACACAAUAAGUCAGACAACAGAGAACCUUAGACAAGUGGAAGAAAGUGCUCACCAGCAGAAAGCCCUUGGCUCGGAGAUCUCGCAGAAGAAACAGCAACUCGAAAUUGAGCUAAAGCAGACAGUUCAGAAGUACUCAGAAGAGACUGUACGCUAUAAGCAGUCACUUGAUGAUGCUGGAAGGACAAUUAAGGAGAAAAACAAAGAGAUCGAAAAGUUCAGAAAGCUGCUAGAAGCAGAAACAAACCAGCGGAAAUCCAUGGAGGAGGAAAAUAUUCGAUUGCAAAGAGUCCAGUACGAUCUGGAAAAAGCCAACAUCAAUGCGACAGAGACUAUCAGCAGGUUGAAAGUGCAAGAGCAGGAGUUGGGACGGCUGAAAAGUGAAUAUGAAAGACUUGCUCAAGACAAAAAAGGGAAAGAUCAAGAGAGUGCAAGGUUCCAGAGCACAGUCAAAGAAGUUCAGCAUCAGAAACAGAAACUGGAGGAAGAGCUUAAUAGGCAGUCUAGAAUUGUAGCUGACGAAACUUCCAAAAGGAAGAAAGUAGAAGAGGAGUUAGACUCUCUGAGGAGAACAUUAAGAGAGCAAACGGUUAAAAUCACCAACCUCACUCAGCAGAUAGAGGAGGUUUCUAUUGUCAAGAAAAGGAGUGAAGACGACUUGAGACAUCAAAGAGAGGUGCUAGAUAGCCAUGUGAGAGAUAAGCAGAGAUACAUGGAGGAGAUAAGGAAGUACACCUGUGAGGUGGAGACCUUGCGCCGCCAAAUGGUCCAAGAGCAGGACAACUUGAAGCAGGCCCACGUGCGCAAUGAGCACUUGCAGAAGGCGGUUGAGGAUAAGAGCAAAAGCCUCAAUGAGUGCAAGAUAGAAAUUGAAAGACUUCAGUCUCUUACUGAGAACCUUACAAAGGAACACUUGAUUUUAGAGGAAGAGCUGCGCAAUUUAAGAUUGGAGUAUGAUGAUCUAAGAAGGGGCAGAAGUGAAGUGGAUGAGGAAAAAAAUGCCACAAUAAUUGAACUAAAGAGUCAACUACAAACAAGCAGCAAGCACACCCUAGAACUCCAGGGUCUGAUAAAUGAUUUACAGAAAGAAAGGGACAAUAUGAGACAGGAAAUUGAAAAAUUCCAAAAGCAGGCUCUAGAGACAUCUCACAGGAUUCAAGAAUCUAAAAACCAGUGCAAUCAUAUUAUGCAAGAACGAGAAACACUGCUGAUAAAAAUAAAAACCCUGGAACAAGACAAAGCAAGAUUGCUGAGGCUGGAGGAAGAGCUGAAUCGUGCCAAAUCCACACUAGAGUCAGAAACUCGUUUGAAAGUACGACUGGAAAACGAGAAGCAGCAGAUCCUGAAUGACUUAACCCAGUGGAAGAACCAAUAUUCUUGGAAGGAGGAGACAAUCAGGAAGAUUGAGAAUGAGCGAGACAAGAGCGAGAGGGAGAAGAGUGCCUUGUUAGUGGAAAUUGAGAGGCUACAAGCAGAGAUUAAGAGGAUUGAAGAACGAUAUCGUUGCCGGUUGGAAGAGACCAGCAGGAAGAGCCAGUCAGAGAUGGAAGCUGAGCGCUUGAGACUUCAAAGAGAAAUUGAGAAGCUGAAGCAACGUCCCUAUGGUUCUCACAGAAGCACCCAGACAGAAGAGGACUUUGCAAUUGACCCUUCCAAAUUGCUUUUUAGUGGUUUGCGGAAAAAAAUAACCGCUGUCCAACUGUAUGAAUGCCAGCUGAUCGAUAAAUGCACCCUAGAUAAACUUCUGAGAGGGCAAAAGUCAGUGGAGGAAGUUGCCGCUGAUCUGGAACCCUACCUUAGAGGAGCUGGGGCUAUAGCAGGAGCUUCUCUGAGCCCCAGGGAGAAGUAUUCUUUGGUUGAGGCCAAACGCGAGCAGCUUCUCACCCCAGAAAACACAGUCUUGCUUCUGGAAGCCCAGGUAGCCACCGGAGGCAUAAUCGAUCCACACCGAAAUGAACUGCUUAGCGUGGACAGUGCUGUUGCAAGAGAUCUUAUUGAUUUUGAUGACCGGGAGCAAAUCUACACAGCAGAAAAGGCCAUCACUGGGUUUAAAGACCCCUUCUCAGGAAAAACGGUGCCUGUGGCAGAAGCCAUCAAGAAAAACCUGGUGGACAGGGAGACUGGAAUUCGUCUCCUUGAAGCCCAGCUGGCCGUGGGAGGGAUCGUUGACCCUCUCAACAGUGUCUUUUUGCCCAAAGACAUUGCUGUAUCUCGUGGGGUGAUUGAUCGAGACUUGAUGAGGACCCUCAAUAAUCCCUCAAAGCCCUUAAUCGAUCCUUUGACUAAGAGUGCCAUUAGUUACCAGAAGCUGAGGGAGAAAUGCAGAAUUGAGCCCCAUACUGGUUUACUUCUCCUCCCUUUGCAGAAGAGAAGCAUGUCAUUCCAAGGGAUCAGGAAGCCCAUCUCGGUUUCUGAAUUGGUCAGUUCUGGCAUCAUUCGGGAAUCAACGGCAACUGAUCUAGAAACUGGAGUAAUCUCUAUUGAGGAAGUUACUGACCGAAUCAAAGAUUUCCUCCAAGGCUCCAGCUGCAUAGCAGGUAUUUAUAAUGAAGCCACCAAGGAGAAAUUAGGCAUUUACCAGGCUAUGAAAAUUGGCUUGGUUAGACCAGGGACAGCUCUUGAGCUUUUGGAAGCCCAGGCAGCCACUGGAUUCAUUGUGGACCCAGUUAACAAUGCAAGACUUACUGUGGAAGAAGCUUACAAAAGAGGGCUAGUAGGAAUAGAAUUUAAAGAGAAACUUCUGUCUGCGGAAAGAGCAGUCACUGGGUACAAAGAUCCUGAAACAGGAAGCAUCAUCUCCUUGUUCCAAGCAAUGAAUAAGGAACUGAUUGAAAAAGGUCAUGGCAUUCGUUUGCUGGAGGCCCAGAUAGCCACUGGUGGGAUUAUCGAUCCCAAGGAAAGUCAUCGUUUGCCAGUCCACAUAGCAUACCAACGUGGCUACUUCAAUGAAGAGCUGAAUGACAUCCUGUCUGAUCCCAGUGAUGAUACCAAAGGGUUUUUUGACCCCAACACAGAAGAAAACUUGACCUACCUGCAGCUGAAAGAAAGAUGCAUAACAGAUUCAGGAACUGGGCUUUGCCUCUUACCCUUGAAAGGAAAGAAGAAAGCGGUGCAGACUUCACAAAAAAACACGCUUCGGAAACGCAGGGUUGUCAUUGUUGAUCCAGACACAGGCAAAGAGAUGUCAGUCCAGGAAGCUUACAACAAAGGCCUUAUAGAUUAUGAUACGUACCUGGAGCUUUCUGAGCAGGAAUGUGAAUGGGAAGAAAUAACUAUUACAGGCUCAGAUGGGAGCACAAGAGUAGUGCUUGUUGACCGAAAAACAGGUCAUCAAUAUGACAUUCAAGAUGCCAUCGAUAAAGGUCAUGUUGACAAGAAAUAUUUGGACCAGUACCGUUCGGGAUCAUUAAGCCUGACACAAUUUGCAGACAUGGUUGCUUACAGAAAUGGUAGUGAUGAAGUCUUCCGGCAUGAAUCCAUCACUAAGUCUCCCACCAUAGCAAGUAUCAAGAGUUCCAGCUUGGUGUUAAAGAGCAGCUCUGGCUCCUUUUCAGAUUCCCCAGAAGAAACCACUCCUAUUGCAGCCAUCUUCGACACAGAGAACAUGGAAAAGAUCAGCAUUUCAGAGGCCGUGCAACGAGGCAUUGUCGACAGCAUCAGUGCCCAACGUUUGCUCGAGGCCCAGGCUUGCACUGGAGGCAUAAUAUGCCCUACCACAGGCCGGCGGCUUUCCCUUCAAGAGGCAGUUGCUCAAGGCAUAAUUGACCAUGAUAUGGCCACUCGGCUGAAGCCGGCUCAGAAAGCCUUCAUAGGGUUUGAUGGCAUCAAGGGCCGCCAGAAGAUGUCAGCAGCAGAGGCAGUGACGGAAAAGUGGCUGCCUUAUGAAGCUGGGCAGCGUUUCCUUGAAUUUCAGUUUAUGACGGGAGGCCUCAUUGACCCAGAAAUCAAGGGGAGAAUAAGCACAGAAGAAGCCAUUCGGAAAGGAUUCAUUGAUGGUCGGACCGCCCAGAGAUUGCAGGACACCAGCAACUAUGGCAAGAUUCUGACCUGCCCCAAAACGAAGCUGAAGAUCUCCUACAAAGAUGCAAUGAAUCGUUCAAUGGUGGAAGACAAAACUGGGCUCAGGUUACUAGAAGCUUCCUCUGUUUCAUCCAAAGGCAUAUCCAGCCCCUAUAAUGUCUCUUCAGCACCUGGGUCACGUUCCGGCUCUCGUUCCGGCUCCCGCUCCGGCUCCCGCUCCGGUUCACGCAGUGGAUCGAGGAGAGGAAGUUUUGAUGGAAGCACAAGUUCUUCCUAUUCUUACUCGCAUACAGUGAUCAGCAGCAGCUCGCUUGCCCGCUAGGCAUUAUCCAGCAAGCUUACCUGAAUUCUCAUGUUCAUCUUCAGAAAUCCACAUUCUUUUUUCUUUAUACAAAAAAAAAACAUGGUUAGUGGUGAUCUUAGUAUCUGCUUGGGUGAAAUAGCUACGCUUGGGAAUGAAAGCAAAACCCAAACAUAAGUUGCAAAGGAAAAAUAUCCUUUCGGGGGUGGGGGGGUGCUAUUUCUAUAUAUUUUUUAAAACAGCUGUCUAAUGUUUUGAGGUGCAAAGUUAUGGAAAAUGUAACAAAGCAAGAAUUGCCUGGGGUUUUUAAUGCAUUUUUGCAUCUUUUUCUUGUGUAUUUUGCAUAUGCUUUCCCUUUUGCCCAUGAGUCACAUGCUGCUGCAUAUGAUUUAGGGCAGCCUUCUUGUUAGUUUUGUAUCACUAGCAUUUUCUAAGUAAUUUCUUUUUCUCAGCGUGGCUAUUAGAGUGCACAGUGAGGAGCUUAUCUCCAACAGAUAAAAUUCUCAGUUGUGCCAGGUUAUUUUCUUAGUUGGUAACAUGACAGUUUACUGGGGCCAAUUUAUUAAAUACACUUUUCUUUUACUCUAGCUUAUCAUUUCUAUUCAUAUUUGCUUGCUUGUUCUCUGUGUAACACCAUACAGGCCUGCUUGCAUAAUGUUUACCAUUCUGGCAAUAAAAGUUUAACCACCUUUUAUUAA